AUAAUAACAAAAUGAAUUAAUUUCUUCUUCACCUCAUAAAAAUUUUAAAAUGAAUUAAUAAUAUAUGAAUAUUUACUAAACUAUAUAGGAACAAUUAUCCAGUUCCAAAUCUGGAACCUGAUGCCAUCAACAAACCAUUUCAGAAAUUUUAAAUUGAAUUAAUAACCUAUGUAUUGAUAUAAAUAAUGUAUAUUGUUUAAAAAAUGUAUUAAUAAUGCUUAAUUAUAACCUACACUGUAAAUAUGUUUGUGAUAAAUAUUUUUAAUUACUUAAAUGGGACUACUUCAAUAUCUACUGUGUUGGUGUUUGGAAAGCUACCGUUUCUUUCUUAAGAUAAUGUUUAAUAGAAUAUUGGAUAAACUAUGGAGCAAGAUAUCAGGAAAACAUAAAAAUGAUGAAGAAGAUACCGACAAAUCCUCACUUUUCGACAGUAGUCUAUCAGAAAGUGACAGUACAGAUUCCGAACUAACAGACGAAAAUAAAGAAAACGAAAAUGAAAGCAAUCCUCAGCAAAAGAGAAGAAGAAGAAGAAGAGUAAGAAAGGAUGAACCUACUGAUGGUUGGGAAGAAAUUUGUGGGAUAGACGUUGACGUUCUGGAAGACGUUAUGUUGACAAAAAUACACAAGAUCAGGAACACUAGUAAAUAUAUAUCAGAAAGAGACAUUAAAGUGCCUACGAUUGAGGAAAAUCGUGAAAGAUUAAACAGUGCAUAUAACUUGUGGCUGAAAUAUCGUCCAGGCGACUCUCAAGUAUUUAUGCCGAAAUGGGAACGAAUACUUGAGAAACCUAUGCUAGAACAGUCCGUACUCGUAGAUGAGUAUGUGAAAAAAGUAUUUUACUUAUUGAAGUUAAAAGAAGUACCGGAAUACAACAUUCCUGAAGGUAUUCCAAAAGGAGAUGUUUUAAUUAGGGACCCUAACAAACCUGGAACGUUUAUUAAAUUAAAUGACGUUUUGGAACAAAAACCACAAAUCCCGAAAAAACAGGAUUUGGAUUCAUGCAAGGAAAUAUUUUCUAAUAUUGCUAGUUCGUCUCGUUUCAAGGUUGAUGAAUCCAAUGCCAACUUGAGUUUACUGAAGAGAAAUUGCCCACUUAGUAGAACAUGAUCGAUUUUGGACAUGAAAGAGUUUAAAAUAGUAAUUAUUAAUAAAUAUUUUUUGAAUCUUUAAUAAUAUUCAA